UUCUUUCAUCCUUUGACUCUCGAUUCUUCCAAGUUCUAUUUCCUUUAGAGUCUCAUCCCUUCGUCGAGGCCCGCAGCAGCUGCCGACAGCCCUGGCUCGUGACGAGUCCUUAUUUGGACCCAGGGACCGUCGGCCACCACCGAGUUGUCGUCGUAGUUACCGCGUCGACGUCUUCCUCUCCCUCUUCUUCCCUCUACCGCAGCUCCUCUGUUUAGGGCGAACUAAGGACUAGGCCGACUCUAACGGGCAACGCGGGCUCCCGGCCCAACGUUAAUGCGGGCAGCAGAUUUCCAUGUAAGGGGCGGAUCGCUAUUUUCGGCCGCUGACCGAUAUGGAUAAAGGGACCCCACGGAGCCGGCACUGCGCCACUCGCCGCUCUCGCCGGUCUCUUGUACGACGUACAACACGCGAUCCUGAGCGAUCGUCCGCCGAUCUCUUUCUCGGCUCUGCGAAACACAUCAGUAAACGAAAGUAACAUCAACAAUCAAUCAAGAUGUGUGACGAUGAUGUUGCGGCAUUAGUUGUGGACAAUGGAUCCGGUAUGUGCAAGGCCGGAUUUGCAGGGGAUGAUGCACCUCGCGCCGUGUUCCCUAGCAUAGUCGGCCGCCCUCGUCAUCAGGGUGUGAUGGUCGGUAUGGGUCAAAAAGACAGCUACGUUGGCGACGAGGCGCAAAGCAAGAGAGGUAUAUUAACACUAAAGUAUCCCAUAGAACAUGGUAUCAUCACCAACUGGGAUGACAUGGAAAAGAUCUGGCAUCAUACCUUCUACAACGAACUGCGUGUCGCUCCCGAAGAACAUCCGGUUCUCCUUACGGAAGCCCCCUUGAAUCCGAAAGCUAAUCGAGAGAAGAUGACGCAGAUUAUGUUUGAAACCUUCAACAGUCCGGCCAUGUACGUCGCCAUCCAGGCCGUCCUUUCCCUGUAUGCCUCUGGUCGUACCACUGGUAUUGUCCUGGACUCCGGUGAUGGUGUCUCCCACACCGUACCCAUCUACGAAGGUUACGCUCUUCCUCAUGCCAUCCUCCGUUUGGACUUGGCCGGACGCGAUCUUACCGAUUACCUCAUGAAGAUCCUUACCGAAAGAGGCUACAGCUUCACCACCACGGCCGAGCGAGAAAUCGUCCGCGACAUCAAGGAGAAGCUCUGCUAUGUCGCCCUGGACUUUGAACAGGAAAUGGCCACCGCUGCCGCUAGCACUUCUCUCGAGAAGAGCUAUGAGUUGCCUGAUGGUCAGGUCAUCACCAUCGGUAACGAGAGGUUCCGUUGCCCCGAGGCUCUGUUCCAGCCUUCCUUCUUGGGUAUGGAAUCUUGCGGUAUCCAUGAAACCGUCUACAAUUCCAUCAUGAAGUGCGACGUCGACAUCCGCAAAGAUUUGUACGCUAAUACUGUUCUUUCUGGUGGUACCACCAUGUAUCCCGGUAUCGCUGAUCGUAUGCAAAAGGAAAUUACCGCUCUGGCGCCGUCAACCAUCAAGAUCAAGAUCAUUGCUCCACCCGAGAGAAAAUACUCCGUAUGGAUCGGCGGUUCCAUCCUGGCCUCUCUGUCCACCUUCCAGCAAAUGUGGAUCUCCAAGCAAGAGUACGACGAGUCCGGCCCCGGUAUCGUUCACCGCAAAUGCUUCUAAAAGACAUAUCGAGAAUCACUCAAACGUUCAUUCAAUCAUCAUCAUCAUGACUCUUUUCUUUCCCUUAUUUAUCUCCUUUUCUACACACACUCUUCACACAUGAUUUGCAAUUACAAAUUACAUAGUAUUCAUUGUGAAAUACAAAGAGACGAGAAAAGGGAAGGAAAAGAAAAAGAGAAAAAGAGGAAGACGAGAUACGAGACGAGAUCGCAGAAAAAACCAAUUACUCAAGUGCCUUUAUGCUACACAUUUACCAGACUUUACUAUAAUUUGUAGUUUAUACAACACGACUAUUUGUUUAUGAAUGUUAAUUAAUUUAUUGAUUAUCUUUUCGACAACUUGAGCAAUUUGAGUUCUUCUCCGCCCACACGUGUAAACGUAUGCAUACAUAUAUGUACCUAUACAUUGUGCACAUAAAUAUAUACGCUUGUUCGCUGACAAUCGCGCAAGUUUGGCUUUUGCGACACUCGUAACAUAAUCAUCGACAUCAAUGACGAGGGUUCAUGAUCAGGCACAUCCGGCCACGUCGGCUCACAUUGUUGUCCGGCAAAUCGCGUUCUUAUUGUAUUUUACGAUUAAUUGACAAUAAAAUCAUAUGUUAUGUAAUAA